AUGGAAGCGGCAUCGACCGGUCCUUCUCAUCCUUACAAGACGUUUUGGAAGCGGCUGAUCGAAAGCAGCUCUAGCGGGAAAGCGCAGAAGAAGAUCAAAAUCCAAGGCAAGGACCUUUCGUCUCCUUCGUUGGAAGUAUUUUCCUUUGAAGAUAUGCAAAUACUAAACAUGAGUCCCGAGAGAGAGAGCUGUCUCGCCUAUCAAAUGAAUUGCGUGCCGAAGCAGAUCGGGCGUUUAAUGAACCUGACCGCUUUGUACAUGGACACCAAUGACCUUGAAGAAAUCCCACCGGACGUCGGGACUUUGAGAAACCUGCGCAGGUUGGCCCUCAGCAAUAAUUUUCUGGAUUCCCUACCUUCAGAGCUAUCUCGUCUCCCUAACCUUCAGAGUUUACACCUCGCCAAUAACAACUUUAAAGACUUUCCCUCUGUGAUAUGCCAACUGCGCAACCUGACAUUUCUAGACGUGAGCGACAACCAAAUCGAAACGAUCCCCGCCGCCAUUAACCAGUUAGGGAACGUGGAGACUUUCCUGUUCGCUUUUAAUUGCUUGAAGCGUCUACCGGAAGAGUUUUGCCUCCUAACAAAAUUGCGCUGCCUGUGGCUGGGGCACAACGACUUACGAGAACUUCCCAAGGGUUUUGGAAACCUAACUCUCCUCGACUGGGGACAGAGUUACUGCUCGCUUAACUUUGAAGGGAACCCCUUACAACACCCCCCAACGGAUAUUUGCAGUGGAGGACCACAUAAAAUUAAAGAGUAUUUUGGUUUAUAG